UCAUUUCAUCGGAAAACAUAUUUUAUCAUUAUAUCGCCGGCGGGCUUUAUACAUCUCUUCAAAAUUUCUAUUCUUUAUUUAAAUUAAUUAAAGGGUUUUAUUAGUUUGUGGAUUGGUGCUGGUGGGUCUUAUGUUGAGGAUUAUUAGUAGUAAUUUUCAUAGUAAUAGUAGUAAAAGUGAAAAUGGAGAUAUGGAAUCCUUUUUUCCGGUUAGGCCCGAGUGCCGAGAACAUGUUCCGAAUACCCGGUUUAAGCCUAAGGUUGGGAAAACAUUAAGUGAAAGGAGAUGGAAUGCUGCAUUUGAUAAAGAUGGUCGUUUGGAUAUAGCAGGUGUGCUUAGGAGAAUACAAAGAGGGGGCAUUCAUCCAUCAAUUAAAGGGGCAGUCUGGGAAUUUUUGUUGGGUUGUUAUGAUCCCAACUCUACCUCCGAGGAACGAGAUCAACUAAGGCAAAAGAGAAGGGAACAAUAUGCUUCAUGGAAAGAGCAAUGCAAAAAAAUUGUGCCCAUUGUUGGUAGUGGGAAGUUUGUUAUGACACCGUUAGUGAAUGAAGAUGAAGAACCGGUAGAAGAUAAUGUCAUUGUCGAUACAAAAUCUGUUGAUGAUUCAGACGAGAAAGUAACUCGGUGGAAACUGAGCUUGCAUCAGAUAGGUCUGGAUGUUGUACGCACAGAUCGUUCUCUUGUUUUUUAUGAGAAUGAAGCUAAUCAGGCCAAACUUUGGGAUGUUCUUGCUAUAUAUACUUGGGUAGAUGAUGAUAUUGGUUAUGUUCAAGGAAUGAAUGAUAUAUGCUCCCCGAUGGUUAUUCUUUUAAAGGAUGAAGCUGAUGCUUUUUGGUGCUUUGAGCAUGCAAUGCGUAGAGUGAGGGAAAAUUUCAGGUCAGAUGCAACUUCUAUGGGAGUGCAGUCACAACUCGGCAUACUUUCCCAAGUUAUGAGAGUUGUCGAUCCGAAGCUUCAUAAACACCUUGAGGGCUUGGAUGGUGGAGAAUAUUUGUUUGCAAUUCGUAUGCUCAUGGUACUUUUUCGAAGGGAAUUUUCCUUCAUAGAUGCAUUAUAUCUAUGGGAGGUUAUGUGGGCCAUGGAAUAUAAUCCAAAUAUGUUUGCUGAUUAUGCUUCAAAUGGUUCUCAUGAAGUUGUAACAACAAAAUUAAGCAAGAAAGUCCUCCAACAGUAUGGAAAAUAUGAGCGGAAAAAUGUAAAGAAGGGACGGACGGACCAAAAAAGUCUUCUUGCUGUUUUUUUGGUUGCGGGUGUUCUGGAGACCAAGAACAAGAAACUCCUAAACGAGGCCAAGGGCCUAGAUGAUGUUGCCCAGAUCAUGGGUGAUAUAACUGGAAGUUUGGAUGCAAAAAAAGCUUUGACAGAAGCACUGAGGAUUCACAAAAAGUACCUAAGCAAGGCAAGAAAUCGAUGAAAGUUUAGCUCUUUAAAUGCCUUCAGACUCCAGGCAGGCAGCUGUCACCGAUUCUUUUUUUUUUUUUUUUUUUUUUUUAUCAGCUUGAUUCUUGACCUUCAUAUCUAUUCAUUAGACGAUCAUCCUUUGGUGCUAAAUUUUCCCCGAGUUAGCAUACUAUCUUAGGACUACAACAGUGACCCAUAUGUGGAAACGCUCGUGGGUGUUGAUGUGUUCAUGAAUCUUCAUUAUAUUACCCAUAUUGGGUUCAAAUGCUAUGUGAUUAUAAGUGCAGUAUCAAAACUGACAGUAUGUUUGUGCAUUGGAAAUGAGUUAUUGUGAUUCUUUGUA